AUGCCAGCCUUUUCAAACCCAGAACAGGUUCUAAAGCUCGACGACCUGUCAUGGACUGUCUCCAACAAGGAUGCAUCGAUCUCGGUCCCUGCAAAAGUCCCUGGUGAAAUCCACACUGAUCUGAUGAGAGCUAAUAUCAUUGGUGAACCGUACUUUCGAGACAAUUACGUAAAGUACCGUUGGAUUGCGCUGGAAGAAUGGACGUACAAGACUACAUUCACUGCUGGUGAUACACUGUUGGAUGCUGACACUGUCUUGCUGGUUUGUGAGGCACUCGAUACUGUCGCUCAUAUCUCGCUCAAUGGUGAAGAGAUUGGGUACGCAAACAACCAAUUUCGACGUUGGACUUUUGAUGUUCGACCCGCUCUAGUUGAUGGAGAUAAUGAACUCGCUUUUCGCUUUGAGAGUGCUGUAACAUAUGCUGCUGAGAAAGCUCGCGAGAGCAAAUACUAUAUUCCAGACAUGUACGCUCCUGAACAACACGGUGAAAGGAAUCGAAACUUUAUUCGGAAGGAACAGAAUUCCUUCAGCUGGGAUUGGGGUCCAUGUUUCGCUCCUUGUGGAAUCCAGAAACCAAUCUAUUUGGUGCCGUUGAAUAAUUCUGUUUGGAUUUCAGAUAUUUGUCCAGACGUUAGUAAAAAUGGUCUGUUAUGGAGUGUGAAGGUGAAGGUGUUUUUGACUGGUCAUGGCAUCGAAAACGCACGUCUGUAUGCCGAAUGUGCUUCAUGUGUGUCGGAUUCACAAGCUGUGUACUUGCGACAAGAACCUGGCACACUGGAACAAUUUGAGCUCGAAAUCCACAUCCCAGAUGCAAAUAUCGACAAAUGGUGGCCUGCAGGAUUUGGUAAACAACCACUCUAUGACCUCUCUGUCAUAAUGGCUGUAGACGAUGGAACAAUUGAUUCCAUCACAUAUUCGAAUCCUAUACGCAUUGGUUUCAGAACUACUCGUCUUGUGCAAGAACCUAUUCCAGGACAGAAAGGACAAACUUUCUUCUUUGAAGUCAAUGAUGUGCCUAUAUUUGCCAAAGGGUCUAAUUUUAUACCUGCUGAUUCCUUCGAGUCGAGAGUUACCAAAGAUAAAUUACGAAUGUUGUUGCAGAGUUGUGUUGAAGCAAAUCACAACAUGAUAAGAAUAUGGGGUGGUGGAAUUUACCAACAAGAUGAAUUUUAUGAUCUCUGUGACGAAAUGGGUCUAAUGGUCUGGGAAGAGUUUAUGUUUGCAUGUGCCCUUUAUCCAACAGACACCAGCUUUAUGAAAAAUGUGCGGUAUGAGGUGGAACAUCAAGUCAAACGUUUGAUGCAUCAUGUCUCAAUCGUCCUGUGGAGUGGCAAUAAUGAGAAUGAACAAGCUCUCAUCACUGGAUGGUUCAAUGUGGUGAAGAAGAAUCCUUACCUCUAUGCGAUUGAUUACGAUCGUCUUUAUCACCAACUGAUAUUGACGGUGGUCAAGGAGCUAGAUGGAACUCGUCCAUAUAUUUCCAGCUCACCAUCAAAUGGACUGGUAUCAGAUGAUCCAUUCACGGAGAGAUUCCAAUUCGAAGCUGACGAAUAUGAAUUAUUUGGAGAUGUACAUUACUACAACUACAAAGAUGAUGGCACAGACGUGUCGAAAAUGUUGAGGCCAAGAUUCGCUUCUGAGUACGGUUUCCAAGCCAUGCCCUCCUACUCAACAUACAAACAAGUCACUUCACCACCAGACUGGAACUCCCACUCACCCUUGAUGAUAAUGAGAAAUCACCACAAACACGGACAAGAGGAAAUGCAUUUACAAAUACGAUACAAAUUUAAAUGGCCCAUUGAACCACCAUUGGAUAUGUCGGUUGAUAUGUUUGAUCAGUUCUGCUACUUGUCGCAAGUGUCGCAGGCCAUUUGUGUCAAGGCUCAGACUGAGCAUUAUCGUCGUUUGAGAGGUAGUGAUCGUAUGUGUAUGGGAGCACUAUAUUGGCAAUGCAAUGAUAUAUGGCAAGCUGCAACCUGGGCUUCAAUUGAAUAUGGAGGAAAAUGGAAGAUGCUCCACUACUACACAAAGAAAUUCUUUGCACCCAUUUUACUUUCAUCAUUCGAAGUCAAGAAGAAUGGUGCAUAUGAGGUUCAUCUGUCGAAUGAUACAAUGUCUGAGGUUUCAGGAGAAUUGAGCAUCUCUGCCCACUCCUUCAAAACCGGAAUGGCCCAAGAACUCGAAAAGCUAAACGUCUCAUGCAAGUCAGCAUCAUCAGACUGUGUCGCAUCCUUCACCUCCGUCGCUACCAUCUCUUCAAAAUCAACCUUGGAUAUGGACGACACCUUCUUAACCCUCUCACUCAACCAAAACGGCUUAACAAUCGCAACUGCCGAAUAUUUCCCAACAUCAUUCGAAAAAAUCACGCUCCUACAACCACAUUUUAGAAUGUCUGCUAUGGAAAUCAAGGAUGGAGUUAUAUCGUUUGAAUUGCAUAGUGAUGUAAUUGCACCGUAUGUGUGGCUUGAAGUGCUGCAGCCAGAGUAUGUGGGGCGAUUUGAUGAUAAUGGAUUUGUUAUGUUGCCUGGAAAGAGGCGUGUUGAGUAUAGGUUGUGGAAUGCUGAACAGACUGUGGAUGUUGGUAGCUUGGAACAGCUUGUGUCGGUUAGGUCGUUGGUCGAUGCGCAGAAGUGGGAGGUCGGGUGUGCGGCUGGGGAUAGAGGCAAAGUCUCUAGACUAUAA